UUAUACCACAUGGGCUCUAUGUGGAAUUUUUAAUGUUAUUCAAGUCCUGUAACCAUCGUACUAAUUCACCAAUCACAGAAAACAUUCUUAUGACGUUAUAAAGUCCCUAAAGCCAGGUUAUCAGGGUUGAGGGUUCUCUUUCCUGCGUCGAAGCACGUGUGUGUGACAGGGCAGCCAUUUGCUCGUCUUUGACUGUACAUUUUCUCCCUUUAUUCCAGUUUUUCUUCACAGUUAGUUCUACACAAACACAGAAUGUAUCGCCUACCUAGUCUACUGGCAUCUUCUCAAAGACUGGUCUCAGCCAGAUCGCUAGCUCCGCGUCUUGCGGCUAGUUUUAGUACCUCACGGUUCCAAAACAGCCCCAAGGAACUCAAGUUUGGUGCAGAGGCUCGUGCGGCCAUGCUUCAAGGUGUUGACACCUUGGCGGAUGCUGUAGCUGUCACGCUUGGACCAAAGGGCAAAAAUGUAAUUAUCGAACAAAGUUUUGGAGGUCCAAAGAUCACCAAGGAUGGAGUUACAGUUGCAAAGGCCAUUGAACUUAAAGAUAAGUACCAGAAUAUUGGUGCUCGCCUGGUGCAAGAUGUUGCAAAUAACACAAACGAAGAAGCUGGCGAUGGCACAACCACUGCUACAGUGCUGGCCCGCUCCAUUGCUACAGAAGGCUUUCUUCAUGUUUCCAAAGGUGCCAAUCCACAAGAGGUCAGAAAAGGUGUCAUGUGUGCUGUUGACUCUGUUGUUGAGUCCCUGAAAAAGAUGUCAAAACCUGUUACUACUCCGGAAGAAAUCGCUCAGGUCGCAACAAUAUCUGCCAAUGGCGACAAAAAUAUUGGAGAACUAAUUUCCUCUGCUAUGAAGAGAGUUGGCAAGAAUGGUGUCAUAACUGUAAAGGAUGGCAAGACUCUCCGAGAUGAACUUGAAGUCAUUGAGGGCAUGAAGUUCGACAGAGGUUACAUCUCCCCAUAUUUCAUCAAUAGCUCUAAGGGCCAGAAGGUAGAAUUCCAAGACUGCCUUUUGCUUCUCUGCCAAAAGAAGAUUUCUUCUGUGCAGCAGAUUGUCCCAGCACUAGAACUGGCCAAUAGCCAUCGCAAACCUCUGGUGAUUAUUGCUGAGGAUGUUGACGGAGAGGCUCUAACUACACUGGUGCUUAACAGACUGAAGGUUGGACUACAGAUAGCUGCUGUAAAAGCUCCAGGUUUUGGUGACAACAGGAAAAACAUGCUUCAGGAUAUGGCUGUCAGCACAGGAGGCAUGGUGUUUGGUGACGAUGCCAUUGAGACAAAGCUUGAAGAUAUCACAAUCCAAGAUUUUGGUGAAGUUGGCGAGAUAUCAAUCACAAAAGAUGACACCAUUCUUUUAAGGGGCAAGGGCAAUGCUGAUGAAAUAGCCAAGCGUUGUGAACAAAUUCGAGAUGAGUUAGAGUCUACAAACUCUGACUAUGAGAAGGAAAAGUUCAACGAAAGGCUUGCCAAACUGUCUGAUGGUGUGGCUAUUCUGAAGGUUGGUGGGUCAAGUGAAGUUGAGGUGAAUGAAAAGAAAGACCGAGUGACUGAUGCUUUGAAUGCUACCCGCGCUGCUGUGGAGGAGGGUAUUGUCCCAGGUGGUGGGGUUGCCCUUUUGAGAUGUGUGCCUGCACUAAAUGAUAUUAAGAUGCCAUCAAAGGACCAGCAAUUGGGAGUGGAUCUGGUGAAGAAGGCUCUGCGAAAGCCAUGCCAGACAAUUGCUGAAAAUGCUGGUGUAGAGGCUGCCCUUGUUGUGGAGAAGGUCUCAUCACUGGAAAACGCAAUGGGAUAUGAUGCAGCUAACAACACCUACGUUGACAUGAUCCAAGCUGGUAUUAUCGAUCCCACCAAAGUCGUGCGCACAGCCAUCACUGAUGCUGCAGGUGUCGCAUCACUCCUUACCACUGCUGAGACUGUUAUUGUAGAAGCACCAAAAGAAGAGGGCGCCGGUGGUAUGGGCGGAAUGGGUGGGAUGGGAGGAAUGGGUGGCAUGGGUGGGAUGGGAGGAAUGAUGUAAGGCACUGUGUUAGCAUAAUACCUGGAUUAGCCUGCACAUAGUAACAAGUUCUUCUAUAAAUAACCCCUUGAGAAGUUGCAAAUCUUAGCUAAAAAUGUUACAUCGAGUGGAAGUGUGAUGUUUAAUGGGGGGUGGGACUAGAGGCGUGUAAGGAAAAGUCUGUGAUGCAAGUGAAUCCUUUCCUGCAUAUUGCUUGAUGCUGUAUAGAGCUCUCUAGUUAAUAAAUUACUUAUUUACAAA